AUGAGGAAUUUUUCAUUUCAUGUGGCAAACUUCUCUGUCUCUGUUCUAGACAGCGAAAGAAUUGGAUGUGCAGCAGCUCAGUUUACACCGUCUAAAUAA